AGGAACUAGGCACAUGGCAUUGCGUACUGACCCGUCACCGCACUUUCGGAACUCGACACGGUAUUGCAACGGCGUAUCCGAAGAGCAGCCGCAGAGAAGGGCGCACAAACGAGUCACCAAGGUGUUAUGUGGGGUCGGUGGCAGAGGGUACAGGGUCGCUCGUCUUGCGCCGACAUUUCGACUGACCAACGACUGAUUAACGACUGGAAGAUGGCUGAUAUUCAAGAUGUAAUUUCGCAUAUAUGUAUUAUUAGUCGUUCGAUAUAAGUAUGCCGUGCAAACGGGAAGAGGAUGAUUGAUUUUGUUGUUUGCAAUUCGACGUCGUUGACGGAUAGGUUAUGCUGUACUGUCCAUGGGACGGUGGUUUCGAGUUCGAGUUCGGCAUCAGUGUGGAUGAAAGCCAUCCAUCCGGCAAGUUCAACUUGUGGGAGUAUAAUACACCAAAUUCUCCACCAAACGAUUCUUGUUCAAUUCCACGCCCAGUUGUGUGGUAUUCGUGCGCGUAUAGGAGACUCGCCAGUAUAUCUUGCGGUGUUCGAUUUGUCGAUAAAUGUGCUGCCUAUCCUUUGUCCUGUACAUUCGACCCAUCCCCAUCACUUCCUAAACAAUUCUACGGAGAAGACGGGGUUUAGAAAUCUGUCCUAGGCGUUCGUGCUUUGUUCCUGUCCCAAGCCCAAGGGACUGAGAUCGUAUGUUUCAGUGCCGUGGAAGUUGCCGCGCAACCCAAUGACCUAGGCGAUGAAGAAGACCCCAUUUGAACAAACAAUGAAGAAGUUGUCGAAUUGUAAGGUUGCAGGCUUGCAGAGGGAUGAGGAUAUAAAG